AUGUCAUUUUUGGAUGAUUUACCUGUAGAUUUACAAAAAAAGAUCAAAAAAGUUACCUCAAUCUUGCCUAACACUUUAGACACAUUUAAAGAAUUAUAUGAAUUUGCCAUAAAUCAAAAUAAUCAAUCAACAAAUGAUUCUAAAAGAAGAAAAUUGAAUAAUAGUAGUUAUAAUACUAGUAAUAAUAAUGAUGAGAGUAGUAGAAAUAGUCCUGCUGGUUAUCCUGACAAUCUGACUGUUCAAAAUAUGAUAUCUCAAGAUGAUAUUAUAUUCCAAUUAAAAGAUGUGUCUGUUUUAUCUCCAUUAAGAAAAAAAUUGAAUUUUUUUUUACAUCUAUCUUCCAUUGAUAAAGCUCCAAUAUUAUCACUAGAGAGAGAUUCAAAAAUUGAAUUAAGUAUACAUGAUUUGAGAUCCAAUAUCCAAAUGGCUGUGUUCUUACCCGUAUCAGAGAAACCAAACUUAACCUACCUUUUCAUCAAAUAUGCUCAUUCAAACUCGUACAAUGAACCAAUACUAAUUAACUUAGCCAAUGAUCUGAUACUGAACCAAUUCCAUAAACUCGGAAUCUUGGAAACCUCAGUCACCGAUUUUGCCUCCUGUAUAGAUUAUAUUAGAAAACAAGCGAUCUUGACCGGUUUCAGGAUAUCCAACCCUUUCUCCUCUAAUGGAGAUCCUAUGCACAGUUCUUUUUCAAUUAAUUGUCACCGUGGUACAAAGGAAGGAACACUAUACUUUUUGCCAGAUAAUAUCCUUUUCGGGUUUAAAAAACCAAUCCUCUUAUUUGAUUCAAACGAUAUCGAAUCUAUCACCUAUUCCUCUAUCACCAGGUUGACUUUCAACAUGACUUUGAUCACAAAGAAGGGACAAACCUUUGAAUUCUCUAUGAUUGACCAAAAUGAAUACACAAGAAUCGAUGAAUAUGUUAAAAGAAAGCAAGUUGUAGAUAGAUCAAUGAGUGAGGAGUUAAAAGCUAAAACAAAAUCCAAAAUUAGUAAUAAUAAUAAUAACAUGGGAAGCCAUAACAACAACAGUAUUAAUAAUUCUAAAAAUAAUGAAGACAGUCUUGAUCCAAACAAUACAAAUGGCCAUCAAAGUAUAUUAGAGGCAGCUUCUAAACAAUUCGAACAAUCUAAUACGUUUAAUUUAAAUGACGUUCAUUUGGACUCAGAAGAUGAUGAAGCGCUAGAUGCAAAUUUUGAAGCAGAGAGUGAUUUGUCUGAUGGAAGUGAAAUUGAGGAAGUUAAAGAAUUUGAUAAAGAAGAAGAAGAGGAAGAAAAUGAUCUUGAAGAAGUAUCACAUUCAAUAAUAAAUAACCAGCAACAUAGUAUAAACAUGGAUCUUUCCACUUCAUUAAAGGAUAUUCCAAUAGAAAUUGAUGAUGAUGAUGAUGACGAUGACGAUAUUGAGGGAUCUGGUGUAGAAUAUGAUUAA